AUGUCAGGCUUCGCUCCUGGUUCCGCGCUACAAGCGCGACCAGGUAGCCCGGGGUCGCAGCAUUCCCAAUCCCCAGAGCCAGGCGAUGGCCGCGAUACCAAACAUCGACGGAACUAUCAAGCGUGCGAAGGAUGUCGGAUUCGAAAAGUGAAGUGUGACUUGGGUCCGGUGGACGCCCCUCAUCCACCGCCCUGCAAGAGAUGCCGCAGAGAAAACAAGACGUGCGAGUUCGCAGACACGAGGAAGAAGCGCAAGAACAGUCCAGAUGAUAGCGCUGAUGGCUAUCCUGACAAGCGGGCGCGGACUAUCUCGGAUACUCGCGAUUCACCAUUCACCCAGCAUAGUGCCGGGUACAAUGGCGACUUCAGUCCUCACGACUGGAGUAUGAAUAUUCAGCCCGGCCUCCAGAGCAUGACUGCACAACCUCCGGCGCAACCGGCAUCCACCACUCCACACAACCACCCACGAAGUCACCCACCGCUCAUGUCGCCAACGAGUCGCCCGAUGCUGCGAUCAGUCGCACAGCAUAACAUCCACGGUCCUGCGAAGCGUGAAUCGCAUGAUGAAGUCAAGAGUCAAGCCGCGGAGCAUCUCAUUGGGGAUCCGAUGACUACCAGCCAGAAAAGCUUCGGUCUCAUCAUCAGUGCUGCCAAUGCGCUGGAUGCCAAGGACAAUGCCGUCGACCAGAAAGUCGACCGAAGAGAGUUAGGAUCAGCGGGCAUGCGACGCAACUUAGACGGGUCUGCUUACACGCCUCAGCAGCUGGCAGACUACAAGAAGGCACUCGAAGUCUGGAACAGUAUGACUUUCGUCCGGUCAGACUUCUUCAGUGCCGAGGAAGCGAUUGCCUAUAUUGAGUACUUCUACGACAACCUGCAGCCGAUGACGCCGGUGGUAGUCCCAGACUAUCGGGGUGUCAGCAAGCACCUGACCUUGCUCACUGAAGAACCCAUUCUUGCACUUACCAUACUCACCAUAGCCUCCCGACACAAGGUUCUAAGUGGCUUUUCCGAACUCUCGAGACGUUAUCAGAUCCACGAAAAUCUCUGGCGGUCUCUGACGUCCAAGGUGCAGCGCCUGCUGUGGGGCCAAGAACAAUUUGGAGGCGGCCGCGCAGCAGUCGGUGCCGGUAAAGUACGUGAGCUGGCAGGUGGCCAGUUGACAUGGUCAGGCAGUCUCCGUACCCUGGGCACCAUCGAAGCUCUCCUGGUUCUCACCGACUGGCAACCGAGGGCUUUGCACUUCCCACCUGGUAACGACGACAUUCGCCUGCUCGAUCGGAACCUCUACGACAGUGCUGAUGGCGAUAUACAUCAGAGCUAUGCUCAAGCAAAGACUGGCUCCCCGAAUGACAAUAUGCCAUAUGCGAGCUGGCUAGAACCCGCUUGGCGCUCGGACCGAAUGUCGUGGAUGCUUUUAGGCCUGGCGCAUUCACUGGCUUACGAAUUGGGGGUCUUCGAUGAGCCGUCGGGUCGUCUGUAUGACAACGAUCCCGACCUUCUCCGGAAGAAUCGGAUCCGGCGCAUGGUCACGGUGUAUGUGGCGCAAACCAGUGGUAGGAUUGGCAUUCCUUCGCCAGUGGGCUUCGACGACGAUUACACUGGCCGCAUGUUGGAAGCUCAGUCGAAUGAGCCAGUAGACGUAGUCCAUGGUCUCUGGACGCACAUUGCUGGCAUCAUGCACCAGGCAAACAAAUUGAUCUUCCCAUCACGCGAAUACACCAUGAACCUGACGCGCGGCAAGGAAUACCGAGAUCGGAUCGAGACGUUUGCACCGCAGCUGAUCGAGUGGAAAGAGCAUUACGACCGGGUGAGAGGAUCUAUCUCUCCGGUCAUGCAGUGCAUUUUGAUCAUGGAGUAUGAGUAUGCUCGAUUGUACAUCAAUUCGAUUGGACUCCAGCAUGUAGUCGAGUCGUGGGUGAGGCCGGGCGCGAGUGCCCAGAAGUCGGCCAGCAGCAACAUGGCUAAGUCGGUAGCCGAGAACAGACGGUAUAUCGACGAGUUCACCGAAGCCGCGCUGCACAUUCUCGAAAUCGUUAGCGGCAAGAUGAAGCAGCUUGGUGUCUUGAGAGAUGCUCCAGUUCGCACAUUCUUACGAACCUUGUCGGCUAUGAUGUUCACUCUCAAGCGUCUGAGUCUUGGCAACCACGAGCGACUGGUGCGCAAGAGCAUCGGUCUGCUCGAGCAAGUGAUUCAGCUAUUCCAAACUGAAGUUGUGGACGAUGUUCACUUGAGCGGAUCGACGGCGUUGAUGAUUGAGGGGAUCCUCAAGAAAGUCAAGCAAACCAUGAUUCGAGUGCAGAAACCGCCGCACACAUCAAGCGUGCCCAGCCGCGACCAAUCUCGACCUGGUUCACCACAACAUCAGGCCAACGACCGGACUCAGGAGUACUUAGAAGCGGCUACGCAGCAAUACGCCAAUGGCAUGCGGUCCAACAACGCAGCCUAUUCGAUGGACCCGCUAGCCAGCAUCCAAGCUCGUCCUCUCGCAGACUUCUCGGACCGCACUUUCAUUAUGCCGCACGGCUGGUCAGUAAACGACUUCGACGGCACUUUGAUGAUGGACGACACUGCCAUUGAUCCGAGUGUUAACAGUGAAGGCAAUGCGGAUUGGCUAGCACUCCCACUUGACAACUUUGAGCACCUCUCCAAUAACGACACGGUGCGGGUUGAUCAGGGGAUGCACAGCAUCGGACCGACUAUUGGCCAGCAAGAUCUUAUGGAGGUUAUGUUGGAUCUUCCAUCGUACGAGCAGAAUGGCAUGCCAUGGCCAGGGACGAACCAUGGCUUCCAGAACUACUAG